UUUCGCAGUCACGUGAUGUGACCAGGAACUAAAUUACUUGUCCUCGUAGCGUGCACCGCUCGUUUUAUAGAAUCUAGUAAAGGGAAAACCGCUCCAGACCAGGCAGUCACAACUUACCCAAGUUCUAUCAAGAUCCUUGCAUCUGGCAAUACUUAGGUGACGAUGGGGCUGUACGACGCUUUCAGACAGAAUGGAGCGCCAACUUUCUACGAGGCUGUACACAUCCCUGUAGAGGCCGAUCUUGUAGUAUCGGGGCUAGUGUUCUGCUUUGUUAUUCUCGCUGCAUCAUUCUUCCUCGUACUGCCAGGUAUCAGAGGAAAAGAGAGACUGUUUGCUUUCACGCGGAUCACUUUAAGCUUGUUCAUUGGAGCCGUAAUACUUGUAUCGAAUUUUGCCAUGACAUGGGAGGUAUCCACAAUCACCUCAACACCAACUAAAUAUAAAGCAGGCAUCGGUGAUGACAUAACAGCUACUAUUGGCGUCAACAUUGGUCUCCGUGGCAUUAAUGUCACUUUAAAGGGAGAGCCGGAGAAACAGUUAAACGAGACUAUCAACUACAAUGAACACUUCAGCUGGGAAUGGCGUCAGGGACGUCCUGGUUUCGGACCUUUUGCUGGUCGUUUCAACCAGCAGUAUCGUGCCGCACAGUUCCGUGGGCUGCCUUUGCCCAUCUUGUGGGUGGCUGAGUAUUUCACCUUCGACGGCGAGGGGAUUCGCUGGGGCCGUCAUUACCGCCAGGCUGGCUGGUAUUCUCACAUAGUCUUGUGGCUGGCGUUUCCUCUGUGGAUCCUGACAAAUAUUCUAUUUUUCGUAUUGCUUCGCUAUGGGGCAUAUUUUUUGGUCAUGACUGGAGCUGCAAUGGUGACCUCCAACAUCAUAUGGGCAACAUUACGCAAUGUUAACGAAUUAAAGAUACCAUUCUCUGACAAGCAUGUGCUGGAGUUCGCUUUUGGAGGAAGCUUUUGGAUCUGUUUGAUUACAGGUAUCUUGUGCAUUAUAUUGGGUGUGGUGGUGUACGUUAUGGAUUUACGCUGUCCUCAACUGAUUGCUACAUUCUUCAACGCUGACGUCAUCCAGGACUCGGAGGAGGUACAAGUAGAAAAGGAAGAACCGGUAGUAAGUGACAGAAGAGAAGAAGAAGACGAAGAAGAUGAAACCGCCGAAAAGGAAGCUGAUAGAAGCGCUUCUGCAGCAGCUGCUGAACCAACUGACGAUGAGAUAUAUGAAGUCCGGAUGCCUCAAGAGAUGCGCCCUGCACAGCGGCGAUUUACUCAGCGCUUCCAGAAGCCCAGGCGCCGCCCCCCACCGCCGGUUCCCAUGCGUCACAUUUCCAAUGAUGACGGCGAGGACUAUCAGAAUAUGCCAGACGAAGAGUACGAAAAUGCAGCAGCCCUCAAGAUGAACAGAUAUUGAGAGUACACUAAAGAAGUAUCCUAUAUAACUCCCUUCUCUGGAUACAUGUAACGACAUCAAGCAUUGCUUGUUAUAUAGCACUUAAACUACUUUUUAUAUGAAACUGCAUCGCCAUUAAUAGUUCUCUACGUAUGCAAACCUUUUAAGAAAAAUGAAAUGUUAACAUCCUAAAGUGCAUCUAGAUUUUUUUCAAGUGCUCUGCUUGUUUUCCCACUUACUUAUUGGCUUUAUCUAGUCGCAUGUUCAUAAUCAUGUUGAAGUUCAUGAUCGAAUUCAUGCAAAAUGGAUUGAUAAACAGGGAGCUAAAAUAAAUCCUCAUCAAAAUACACAAUACUCGUUAUGUACAGAUUUAUUUCAGCAGGCAGUGUAUGAUCUGCGCUUUUAACUGCGAAAAUCAGCAUCAGACCCCCCCCCCAAAAAAAAAAAACAAAACAACAAACAAACCAACCAAACAACCACAAACUUUUUUUGUGGGCAAAGCAUGAUUUAUGUGGUGAAAGAAGCCAAAAGCACACAAAUGAUAACUGUUUUCCCAAACAGAACUACGGUCAUUCGACAGUCCAGAAAUAUAUAUACCUUUGCUAAUUCCCUAUGAUCGGGUAUGCGCCAUGACCAGUUACAAGGUAUGGCUUUCAAUUGUGUGGUUACCGACGCAUGCACUAGUCUUAAAGCAAGUGCAUUAAGAACAAUAUUCGCAGUCCUUGCUCAGAAAUAGGGAAUUUGAAGAGACGAGAGAAGAAACGAAAGCUGUUUUCAUGAAAAUGCAGAACAAAAGACGCAAUUAUGAGAGAAUCGAGAAUACAGUGACGAUUGCGUAGUUGUCGAUUAGCCAUACGAGAUGUAAAUCCUUUUAAUUCGUUGAAAUCGAGUUCCUAACUUUGCUAAUGUGAUGCAAACUAAUUUCUUACCACUGGGCGCCAACAGUCCACAUAUUUCCAUUACUUUUAUUUCUGUAAUGUUGGAGCCAUUAAUAUCUACAUGUACUGUUUCAAUGAUACGCUGCUUUGGUCAAUAAAAUACUUUUAAAACAUC